AGCGCUUUUUUUGGUGUCUUUUAUUUGUUUGUCUCUCUCUCUCUUUCACUGACAUAACACUUAUAUAAUCACUUCAUCUGAUCCAAACAUAACUGUUGUAAACGUAAACUAAUCAAUCAAUCAAUCAAAUGUCUGAAAAGAUCAACGACAACGUUGACUGUGUUAUCCGUUUUGGUCACUGCGAGGGACACACCGAUUGUUUCUUCGUCAGCGACCGAAAACUGCUGACCUGUGGCGUCGAUUCGGAGAUCAGAAGAUGGCCGGUAAACGAAGUUGAAGACGACAAUGAAGAUGACGACGAAUCUGAUUCGUCAUUUCCCGUCGAGGAUAUCGCCUACGCCAUUGUGGCCAAUUCGACCAACUUUUUUAUCGCCUGCGACACCAAUUGUGUUAAAUCGUUUCGGCUGUCCGACGGCGAAGAAGUCGACACUGUUUGCCGUUUUACUACUAAUGCCACCCAUUUGGACAUUGGCGGCAACGAUGGCCAGCUAUUGGUGGCGUCGGCGGCAGAUUUUACACUGAAAUCAAUUGAUUUGACAACAAGUCUGCAGAAGACCUACGAAGGACACGAAGCACCAGUGCUUAGUGUUUCAUUGGAUCCGCGACAACAGUUCAUCUCAUCGGCCAGUUGUGACGGUACUGUCCGGGUCUGGAAUGUCGAUACGAAAACUUGUUGCCAGUCUUGGACCGACUGUUUACCGAAAAGUAACGAUUUUGAGACAUCGCCUGUUUUGUGUCGCAUGUCGUGGCAGCCAUCGGAUGGUCAGCGACUGGCCGUACCCAAAAUGGACAGAAUCGAUGUUCAUGCACGCGAUACUUGGCAAUUGGUGGCCACUAUUCGACACGAUCUGCUUAAACAGAUAUCGAUAGUUUCAUAUUCGCCGGACGGCAAUUAUCUGGCCGCUGCCAGCAGUGAUGGUGUCAUAAUGAUUUGGAACAUUACCGCCGCCGACGGUACUAUUUCUCUGGACAAUACCAGUCCGAUGCCGAUUGCCAAAUAUUUUCAUAAAGAUUCGGCAAAGAUAACCUGUUUGAAAUGGUGUCCGCGCCAAUCGCAACUAGCAUUUUGCGAUAUUAGCGGACAUUUCGGUGUUAUCAGUGUUAAGUCAUUGCAUAGUUUGCAGAACACAAACAACACCAGUAAUAAUAUUAAUAAUACUAAUACUACUACCGGUACUAAUAAUAAUCAUAACAAUACUAACGAUAAUAGUAACAAAUUGGUGUUAAAUCAGGAAGAGAUGAAUAAUAUGUUUGCCGAUCUAUCCGACGAUGACUUUGGCGACAACGACGACCCAAAAGCAGAUAAUGCCGAUGUGGACAUUGAAUUGCCUAACAUUACGUUCAACAAGAAAUAUAUACCGACAAAGGAUAUCGUUAGUAUCAAUGAAGAUAAUAAUUUGAAUACCAAUGAUGGUAAUGAUGUCAAUGAUGAUGACGACGUCGAGUUUGAUAUCGGAGCCCUUAAGGCGCGAUACGAGUCGCAGAUCAACAGCGAUGCGCCGAAAGAUAGGCCAUCAGAACAGCGGCCAAACUCACGGCUUAGUCAUCAGUCAAAGUCUCGAGAGGUGGUGCAGGAAGUAGAGGAGGAAGAAGAAGAAGAUGUAGAACCGCCACCGUUAAGACAGGAACCGUUUCAAUCGGGUUCGACACCUGUACACUAUGACCAACGAUUUAUGGUCUGGAAUUCCGUUGGAAUAGUCCGAUGCUAUAAUACCGAAAACGAAAGCUCCAUAGAUGUCGAGUUUCACGACGUGGCCUAUCAUCACUCGAUUCAUGUGCCCAACAAAAACACUAACUAUACGAUGGCUGAUCUGUCACCCGAAUCGCUGAUUAUGGCCACCAAUGGAGACGAAAGGGCCACUGGCGGUAAACUCUAUUGUCGGUUGUUUAACAUAUGGGACGCAACCAAAGAGUGGUCGGUGGACAUGACCAGUGGCGAGUUUAUCGAAGCGGUUACCUGUGGUACCGGAUUUAUAGCCGCGGCCACUGAUAAACGAUUUGUACGGAUAUUCACAGUCGGCGGCAUUCAAACUAAUGUCCUAUCAUUGCCCGGCCGUGUCGUAUCGCUGGCCUCGUUCGAACAGCUGCUGAUGAUUGUCUAUCAUUCGGCGUCGGGACUGCCCGACGAACAAAGUCUGUCGAUGUAUGUGUUGCGAGUCGUGCACAAACCUACUGCUAGACACCCGGUGCCCAAUCCAGUACCCGUAGCGUUGACGCCCAAAUCGCCGGUCUACUGGGCCGGCUUUACCGACGAAGGUACGCCAUGUGUUGUCGAUUUUGAUGGUCAGGUACGGCUGUUUAAGACAGGCUACGGCAAUAUGUGGAUACCGGUGGCCAAUACUAAAGAUCAUGCAAAAGGAAAAUCAGAUAAUUUUUUUAUCAUCGGUUUGAGCGAAAUCCAGAACCAAAUUCGUUGUUUAUUUUGUAAGGGUAGCCGAUAUCCGGCUACUGUACCCAAACCGACCGUCAAUACACUACCGUUACAGAUACCCGUAUGCGAGUCGCAUACGGCUAAAGGCAAAAAUGAGGAGGAAAACAUUAGAAACCAAUUGUUGGCAUCACUGUUGAAGAAGUUAUCUAAAGAUGGUUUUGAUGUCGAAACAAAUUAUGAAGAGUGUCAACGAUAUCGGGUCAAUGCACUCGUCAAGCUAUUUGCGAUGUCUUUGGCCGCCGAUAGAGAAUCACUGGCUCUCGAGGUUAGCCGACUGAUGCCGAACGAGGCCAGCGUUGUCGGCGCCAUUCGAUUUGCACAGAAACAACAGCGGAUGACAUUGAUUGAAAAACUGAAGGAAAUUGCGCUACAAAAACACGAAGAAGAAGUGAAUGGCGAAUCGGACGAUGAGGAAGCAGAAGCAGAGGUUCAAGAGAUAGUUGAAGUUAAUACGCAAACGUCAUCCACGUAUAGAAUUCAGUCGCUGGAGAGUCAACAGGCAAGAGAUGAUAUUCGUUUGCGACCUAAAUCAUUGCGCAAAAGAGGAGGAGGAGGAGAGACCACUGUUGAGACGAUUGAGGAAGAGAUCAGCGACGACAAUGAUUCAGUUGUUUCAAAUGGUGGCGACAAUAGAGUUGGCGAUGAUUUCGACAACGACGACAACUCUAAUAGUCUGACACUUAAGCCAAAACAGAUUCAGAUAACUAAAGCCGAGUCUCGCGGAGGCAGUAAUCCAUUUAAAGUGACGGCACAGAAGGCGACGACCAAACAGCAGAUGAAACGCAAAAAGAUUGUUCAUCACAGCGAUGGUGAUGACGACGACGACAAUGAAAGCGAUGGCGAGUCGUGCGAUGGACAAGCGUUUGAGUACUAUUACGAACAAAACAGAGCCCGGAUUCGUGACGACAAUUCGGAUGUUGACGAGGAAGACGAUUGCAUACGAAUAGCCAAACAACAGUUCCGACAGUUGGACGCAUUGGAUCGCAAACGAUGGUCGAAGAAUGCGUUACAACAGAAGAGUAGAAGAAGUAGUAGUAGUAGUAAACGACAGCGUAAGUCGUCGUCAGUGAAGGAGAACAACAACAAUCAGACGACAAAAAAGAUAACAAAUUUUUUCACCAAAAAUUAA